AUGACCAAGCUGGACUACGAACCAUUGAUUGACAAGGUCCGAACACGUCUGCUCCACUGGUCACACAAACCCCUCUCAUGUGCAGGCCGCCUGCAGUUGAUCAAGUCAGUGAUCGCUAGUAUCACUAACUUUUGGUGCUCAGCUUUUAUUCUGCCUCAAGGUUGUUUGGAUACUAUUGAGAGCAUGUGUAAUGCCUUUCUCUGGUCAGGCUCACCAAAUGACACUCAUAAAUCAAAGGUGUCCUGGGAUGAUAUUUGUUAUCCAAAGGAGGAAGGAGGGCUGGGGAUUAGACGGCUCCGAGAAACGUCUCUGGUUUUUGCUCUCAGUCUUAUUUGGAGGUUAUUCUCGUCGACAGGUUCACUGUGGGUGGCCUGGGUAAAGUCUUAUCUCUUGCAUGGUGAAUCUUUUUGGGAUGCUAGGGAUGGCUCAAAAGGAUCUUGGAUGGGGAAAAAGAUGUUAAAGCUCCGAGACAAGGCUUACCCUUUCAUCAAAUAUCAAAUUGGUGAUGGAAAAGAGGCUUUUUUCUGGUUUGAUAAUUGGCUGGAACAGGGCAAAUUGUUGGAACUGCGACAACUUGUGGCUCUUAUCCAAGCUGCUCCGGUACCCAACAGAGAGGUUGGGAGAGAUGUGGUGUUAUGGCGUUAUAAAGAGGGUGAGUAUAAGGAUGUGUUCUCCGCUGCUGCAACUUGGGACCAAAUACGUCGAAACCAAACCAAGGUCACAUGGUUCAGGACGAUCUGGUUCGCCCAGGGCGUACCCCGUUAUUCUUUCAUAGCCUGGCUCUCUAUUUUGAAUAGGCUGGCGGCGGGUGAUAGGAUGAGGAACUGGGGGCAUGAACAAUCUUGUCUGUUUUGUGGAGAGAGGGAUGAAACACGAGACCAUCUGUUUUUUGCUUGUCCUUACUCUUACACGCUUUGGUCUAGUUUGGGGGGCUUGCUAAUGACUAGUGCCUCUACACCGGAUUGGGUGGACACUUUGUCCUUCAUUAUCUCCCAGGGGAGUCGCACCAUGGACUCGGUUCUUCUCCGUCUCCUAUUCCAAACGUCCAUCUACCAUGUUUGGCGAGAACGAAACGCACGAGAACGAAACGCACGACGCCAUCGAACCAGCUGGAUACCAUUGGAGCACUUAGCUCGCUAUGUGGACAAGGCAAUGAGGAAUCAAAUUUCAUCCCUCAACUAUCGAGCUCCGCAAAAAUUCGAGGGUCUGAUGCGUCACUGGUUUGAAGUGUGUUGUCUCCCCUAA